CAACAGAGCGAAGAGAGCGGACAAAACGCAACAGCAGCAUAGCAACAGCUAAAGCAAACGAUUUGCUUCCUUGUAAGAGCGAAAGAGCGCACAACAACGAUCAAAAGCACUGCACAUAAUUGUGCAAUAAAAGCAAAAAGCAGAACAACAACAAAAGUUAUUCGUAGACAGCUGUUUGUUUAACUUAAUAAUUGAAAUGAGCUUACUCUUACGACGCAAUUCCAGCCAGCUUCGCCUGCUGUUGCAGCGCUUGGCAGUGACGUCGACCGAAACAUCGACGCCAGCAAUCACGCGCUGCUACUCCAGUGAUAGCGGCAACAAUGUAACUGAUUCCACUAUAGCAACAACAACAACAGCAGCAGCAGCUGACAAACAGGUGCAAUCAAAGCGUAAAUCAAUGCCCUCAGUUGCCGACGCUGAUAUCAAAAAAUCCGUGUUCAUAUCGCAAUCGCAUGACAUCUUCACUAAUCUAGCUCUUGAGGAUUGGCUCUAUAAGAACUUUGACUUUAGUCAUCAUCAUGUCCUCCUAUUAUGGGCCAACGACCCCUGCGUUGUCAUUGGGCGCCAUCAGAAUCCCUUCACCGAAUCGAAUGUCUCCAAGUUAAUGGAGCGAGGCAUCACCUUGGCGCGUCGCAACAGCGGCGGUGGCGCCGUCUUUCAUGAUCGCGGCAAUCUCAAUUGCACUUUUUUUACGCCGCGCGAACGCUAUGAUCGCAAAUAUAAUCUAAAUAUUGUGACGCGCGCGCUCUUCCGCGAAUGGGCCAUCAAAACGGAGAUCAAUGAACGCGAUGAUAUUGUCAUAAAAAAUAAGAAGAUUUCAGGCACUGCCGCUAAGCUGGGUCGUCCCAAUGCCUAUCAUCAUUGCACCAUACUGGCCAGCGCCAAUAAGCUGCAUCUGGGUGAAGCAUUGGUCAAGGAGCCAGCCAAUUACAUAAGUCGCGCCACUGCCUCGGUGCCAUCGCCCAUACGCAAUCUGGUGGAUGUGAAUCGCAAUGUUAAUGUGGCUCAGUUGCUGUCCGCCGUGGGCUAUGAAUAUUUGCGCACAGCGGCCACAAUGCUGGAGGAUGGCGGCAGCACUCAGACCAUGAAGCAACGUGGCUUUCAGUUGAUAAAUCCGACUGAGAAAUGGUUUCCAGGUAUCGAGGAGCUGCGCGUCAAUUAUAGCUCAUGGAACUGGGUUAUUGGCAAGACGCCCAACUUUACGGUGGAAAAAGAGCUGGAGCUUAAAGGCGAUGAGAGCGGCAUGAAGCUUAAGCUGACUGUUCAGGUUGAAGGCGGUUUGAUGAACAACAUUAGCGUGCAGCUGCCGCAAAGCGAGCAGCCCAUAGCUGUGGUUACUCCGCUUCAGGGUCAGGCCUACAACGAGCACAAUCUGAAUGGCAUUAUUGAUGCUUUGAAAAUGGUUUCCACAUCGAAUGUGCAGCAGGCAAUGAACAGCUCUAUUUGAGUUUUGUUUGUUUAGCUGCUUUUUGUUCAACAAACUGCGUUUGAAUUUUUGUUAGUUUCAUUUUGAAAUAUUAUACACAUAUUACUACUAAUUACAAUAAUGAUGAACUGUAUACCUGCACUAAUUUAGCUUGUAAGCAUAUUACAUUUUUUAUAUACACUUCUAUAUUUUUUAUUAAAAACAAUUGCAAUGCAGACGUUACAUGAAAUGUACAUCGAUUGAAUGAUAAGCAUAUUGAAAUAAAUGCAAUGAAUUAUAAAUAUCUAA